AUGAGCGCGACGGCACUAUCACCACCCGCCCUCGUCGGCGCCGCCUUCAGAACAUCCACAUCCAUGGCUCGCCCUCAACUCUCUCGCUGCGCCGCCCGCUUUACACAAUCCUCAAACUAUGCCACCUCCUCAGAACCCACCGAGCAUUCUACUCCUCGCUGGGCUGCCACUCCCGCCCGCAUGGCCAUGCCUGUUCGCGCACGACCGGGUCCUCGCCAACGUCAAGCUCCUCCAUUCGUCGUAAACGAGGACCCUGCCACCCUCGACUCAGCCUACGACUCCUUCCUCGGCAAGAACGGCAGUACAGUCCUGCCAGAAGAGAUCAAAUGGCUAGCGGUAACACACAAAUCCUUCGAUCACGCGAGAAGAGGCUUCAACGACAAGCUUGCCUUUUUGGGAAAGAGAUUAUGCGAUAUGCAAUGCUCGCUCGCUCUGCUGCAAUCGCCUGAUGUCGGCUUGACGGGCAAGAGGCUCAAGUUGCUGCACCCGGCUCUGAAGGGUCUGACCAACGUCUCGGACUUUGCAAAGAACAACACAUUGGACAAGGAGAGAUUGGCCUCUUUGGCACGGCAAUAUGGUCUGGAUGCUGUCGUGAGAUGGACGCCGAGAAACGUCGACAACCUCUCAUCAUCUGGUGUCGAUGUCGUUCUCGCUCACACUCUCUACUCGAUCGUCGGAGCUGUGGCCUUGGAGAAGGGCGGAGACUAUGCCAACAAGAUUGUGAGAGAGAGGAUACUCAAUCCUCUCGGUCUCAAGUAA